CUGGACGAAGAGAGGAUAUCUUUCAUGAUAAGUGGACUUCUGACAGAAAGAGAGCCACGGUGCACUUGAGACAAAUGAAAGAAUCCUAAAGCCAGCAGGAUGCCAGGACUCAUCAACAAGGAGAACCAGUGUGCUCUGCCCCUCAGUGUGUCUGACAUCACCUGCUGCGUCAGGGGUUAUACUCUGGCUCUGACGGCCUCUAUGACCUACGAGAAUAUUGAGGAUCAUGCAAUUGAGGGUAUCUUCAUUUAUCCACUGGAAGAAAAUUCCAUUGUUGUUGGGUUUGAGGCUAUGAUAUGCAGUCAAAUUAUAACCCUGCAAAUAAAAGGCAAGGCAAAACUUGAUGAUUGUUAUCAGGACAUCUGCCACACUGCUAACGGGUCUCUCCAGAGCGGCACCGUUACAGGGAACAUACUGGUGGAUGAGGACUUUGAGAGGACUGUGCUUGUGGUUAACCUUGGAAUUAUCCCCCCAAUGGAGACGGUACAUAUCCUGGUCAGCACGUCGUCUGAACUCACCACUUUGCCCAGCGGAGGAAUCAGGGUCUCAUCCCCACCGGUUUGUACUCCUCGGGUACAAAGGACCAUCAACGAGGAGCAGGGAUUGUCGCCAAACUUCUCCCGAACUCGUGAAAAACCCACUUGUGCCUCAAGUCCUCACGAUCAGAAUCCAAUCGCCUCUCCGCUGUGGCUGGCAACGCUGCUGGAGGAUGAGGCCAUAAACUCCAUGGAUUAUGAAUUUAACUUCCAGCUGGAGAUUCGAGCUCCUUACCUUCUCGCAGGAGUGGAGAGCCCUUCUCAUGCCAUCCGAGCUGAUGCAGACCCUCUGGCCCGCUCGGCAACCAGCGUCGUCAUCACACUGGCCGACAAGUACACUUACGACUGCCCUGUCGAAAUACUCAUCUACCCCAGCGAGCCCCAUGUGCCGCACGUUCUCGUCGAGAAUGGAGACAUGACGCAGGAGGAGUACGACGAGUAUCUUCACAGUCGGAGUGAUUUCAUCAAAGCAACCAAGAAGGACUCCAGCAAUCAGAGGAAAGUGGACGUCAUUCACAGACGGCUGCAUAAGGACAUCCUCCACAACCCCGUGGUCAUGUUGAACUUUUGCCCCGACCUCAAAUCCAUCUGCUCAGACCUGAGGAAAGUUCACGGAGAAUUCAUCUUCCUUAUUGACAGAAGCGGCAGCAUGAGCGGACUCAACAUCCACCGUGUGAAGGACGCCAUGGUGGUUAUCCUGAAGAGUUUGAUGCCUGGCUGCCUUUUCAACAUCAUUGGAUUUGGAUCCAUGUUCAAAUCACUCUUCACAACCAGCCAGAACUACGAGGAGGAGGCCCUGGCGCAGGCUUGUGAUUACGUCAGGAAGAUGAGAGCCGACAUGGGGGGCACCAACAUGCUGGCGCCGCUCACCUGGAUUGUGAGGCAGCCCACGUUCAGUGGUCACCCCAGGCUGCUCUUUCUGCUCACAGACGGAGCCAUCAGCAACACAGGCAAGGUUAUUGAGUUGGUGCGCAGCCACGCACGCUGUAUCAGAUGUUUCACAUUCGGUAUUGGACAAAAUGCAUGCCGGAGGCUGGUGCAGGGGUUGGCGGCUGUUUCCAAAGGAACAGCCGAAUUCCUGGCUGAUGGAGAGCGGCUGCAGCCCAAGAUGAUAAAGUCGCUGAAGAAAACUAUGUCCCCGGUACUCAGUGACAUUUCCAUCGAAUGGCUCUUUCCUGAAACCAAAGAGGUGCUGCUCUCCCCUGUUGGCAACACCUUCCUCUUUCCAGGAGACAGUCUGAUUGGCUACAGUGUGGUGUGCGACACUACCCGUUACCACGACAACCCCAAAUCUGAUAAAAGGAGGCGAUACAGCAUGAUGCGCUCCAUUGAGUCGGCCAGCUCGGUGUUUUACCACUCACAAGAGGAGGAGGUGGGGAAGUCGGGAACAGACAGUCUGGGGUCCCACCGGGAAGCACCCUCUGGCACGCUGCAUGACUACUACCAGGAUGCCAUGACAGAGAGUGGCCUCGUCAUCACAGAGCCAGACCUCACCGAUGACACAUCACCAAGGAGACGUGCAUACAGCACAAACCAGCUCAUGGACUACAAUCCAGCAAAGAAAUCCUUCACUCCCAGUGACCCCAACUCUGUGGUGCCCAAGAAUCCCCUGAGGAGGAGCAAAGUCCAGGACCUGACCGGCCAGAUGAGCCCUGAGCAGGAAAUGCAGUGGAAGAACGACUGCCAGCCACAGCUGGCUGGUCUGUGUGCCCCGUCCUUCAGAGGGCGACCUGGCACCGUUCACACGCCGCCUCCACAGCAGGAGGAUGACUCUGAGCUUCAUUCCCAACCCCAGCUACAGGAUGGCCCUCAGCCAAGCGACAGCACUGGGGUCCCUGUGGCUCGCAACCCUGCUGGGGACGAUGGGUCCAGAUCGUCCACGGACAGCCCCUCUGUCGGCAGCAUUGGAGACACAGAUGGAUAUGGCCACCAGAUGUGUCAAGCAGAAACCCCUCAAGAGACCCACAUGUCACAUCUGGGGACCACCAUCCAUCACAAAGGAGACUGCAAAGCCGUGGUGUCAGGAUUGCUGUGUGGGCAACCCAUGAAGUGGGAGGUGGUUUUUGACAUCGAGCCGUUUUUAAGCGGCCGGGAACGCGAGGAAAAGGUUCACGAGGAGCUGUGGAACGAGACGUUUCACCACCUGGCCGGUAGCUCCAUCAUACACGACUUUGAGCACAUGGCCGAUAAAGAGUCUGAGAUAGAACAAGGUUCUGGCAGGAAGUACCAGGUUUACGUUAUUCACACUAGCAAAGCCUGCAAUAUACUGAGCAAAUACACAGCAUUUGUCCCCAUUGACUUGGACACCAACGAGUAUUUGCCAACAAGUGUUGAAUGCAUUAAUGCAGGUGCAAGACUGAAGAGGGGCUCCAGGUCUCGUUCAGGAAGCAGGAAGAACAGAGGAUACUCCAUCGGGCUCGGUCGUUCUCAGUCCGGCGGCAUGUCAGAGGAAGCUGAAGAUGUCCUCCUGCCUUACAAUGCAGAGGACGGUGUCUCUCCAUGCAGCACCCCUUCCUCUGCCGGCUGGGACAAAUGCAGCUUCACAGAAGUCGCCCCACAAAGGAGUCCAUCUGUUACCUCAGACCAAUCACAGAAAUCAGUGGAGAGCCUUUUUUCUGCCAGGCUGGCCCUCAACAGGACUCGCCUCCUGACCCGAGCUGCAAAAGGAUUCAUGUGUCGAACGCACAGCAAGUCUGGCGAUUCAACAGGAGAAAGUGAAAACGAGAACAAAGACUACAUUCCCCUGGUGUUGUUGCAGUUGGGAAACGGUGCAUUUCCUCUGGACUCAGCUCUCUGUGAAGCCAUUAACGUGCCGAUGGACAAGCUGAAGUGGACGUCGCCUUUCGCCAGCCACCGCUCCAGCCUGGGCCACCUGUCUCACUCCGGCAGCCGGCGCACUGACGGCACCGACGACGGGUCCAGAUCGCCGUUCGAGCCAGACCUUUAUCAGCCGGCAGCAGAUCACUCUGCUGGCAGCAACAGCCCCUCUUAUUCAUCCAGAAAUGCCUGGCCGGACACGGGCCAGUCCACUGCCUUUGAACCCCAGUUUUUCUCAGGGGGCUCAGAAACGGCGUCACCUGGCAGCGUGAUGAAGAGGAUGCAGGAUCCGGAGAGCAUGGUGUGGGCAACGGCCGUCGCCCUGGCCUGGCUGGAGCACAGCUCUGCCAGUUAUUUCACAGAAUGGGAGCUGGUGGCGGCCAAAGCCAGCAUGUGGCUGAAUGCGCAGGACAUCCCAGAGGGGAAAGAUUUAGCCUCCAUCAAGGCUGCUGCCAAUCAGCUCUUCAUCAUCCUCAGACACUGGGAUGAAAACCUGCAGCUGAACAUGCUCUGCUACAACCCCAGCUCUGUCUGAGGCCUUAAACAAACUCCAUACCAGAUGAUGCUAUGCUAACCAAGGCUGUACCAUCACAGUGACGUUGCAAAAGUAUUCAUAAACGUUAUUUUUUUCACAACAGCCUCAGUGUUUUAUCUUGUCAUCUUGUGUGAUAGACCAACACAAAGUACUGUUUUGUUCUGAAGAGGAACGAAAAUGCUGCAUGAUUUUCAAAUUUGUUACAAGAAUUGGCAGAAAAUAUGUAAUUAAAGUCACAUAUUUACCAACUUAAUGACAAGAAAGACAUUUAAAAAGUGAUUUUAGUGUCAUUUUGUUUUGGAAAUUCAAUUAAAUUGUUCCAUGAAAUAAAUUAUAUUUAGUUAUUAAGAGUGAUGCAGAACCCUUUUCCAGACCUAAAUCAAACUGAGAAUCUUUCCAAAACUUGAAAAUUGUUGUUCAGUAGCUCUCUGUUCAAUCUGACUGAAUUGAACUAUCCUGCAAAAAUGUUCCAGAAGUAACAGCAUUAUUAUCUGGUUCUUCAAAGUAUUAACUCAGGGGUAUGAAAUAAAAAUGCUGAUUAUCACCCAAUCCGGUGCCUUCCAAUGGUAAUGAAUUGAAUUUAGGGGAACAGAAUAAAGUGUUUGGCAUGCCUUUCAGAUUUUUGCUUCUAAAAAUAUAUUAAUCAUGUACUUUUUUUUCCUAUUACACUACUUUGUGUUGGUCUGUUUCAUGAAAUCCUGUAGAUAUAUAUUGACCUUGGUGGUUGUAAUGUGUCCGAAUGUUAAAGAAAAAAAAACAAUCCAAGGUGUAUUGAUGCAAAGCACUGUCUACAGAGCAGUUUGUUCUCUGGAGUCAGAUUUUUCUUCUCCUGUUGCAGUGGUGAACAAUGUGUGUUUUGCUCUGUAUGUGCUGUUCCUCCUGACAUAUCACAGGCUCGUCAGAGACACUUUUUCUAAGCUGUAACCUCGCUGGUGCCAAUGAGUUUGUGGAGAAUCAGUGUUGACGUUUUAGCAUGUUGGACUGGUCUUCAUCAACAUGUGAGCAACACUGCUGUUGUCAUAUUGAUGUUCUGGCUGGAAUGCUGCAAAAAUAGUAAUAAGAAAACAUUUUCUUCAAUUUUUUGAUCCAUAUUUCCUGCAUUUUUGGAUUUAGCUGUGUCGUAAAAGCAAAGAUUAUUUUACGAGGAAACAUUUGGGUUCUCACUAGUGGUAUUGUCCCUCUUUUAUCUUGUGUCUGUUACUAUUAGUGCUAUUACUACUUAUAUUUUUGGUUUAAAGUGUAGCAGAGACUGAAAAAUAUGCAAACAUCUAAGG